AUGGCCACACAAUCUACCCCCCGUCCUCGCGCCGCAACCACCACGUUUCCCGCCAUGGCACCCCCCUCACCUCUGGCUCGGCACUCUCAUGGCUCCAGUCAGGCGCCGAUAAGUCCCGUUUCACACCAUGGAAGCCCACCAUUGGGGAUGAGUGAUCAUGGGAUCACCAGUACUGCACAGGGACCACUGCGUCAUCCUAAGCCGCUCACUCCUUCGGACCUACAUCUGGUGCUGGAGAAGGAGCAGGAAGCAAUGGAGGCCAUUGAUACGGCCCAAAGAUAUGGCGAGUUUAACACAAGCGGCGGCCAGGUGAACCGAUUGACUCGGGAACUCUCUCUGCUGCGUCAACAGACAGCUUCCGUGGCAUCGACUGCUUCCUCUACCUCAACUCUCAACGAGCCUGCCGAUGGGCUCCAUGCCUCGCCAUCGUUGGGAAGCUCCACACAUUCUCACUCUUCGCGGCGCCAGCGGUCCUCCUCCAGCCUGAGUUCCCACGCCACUGCCCAAGGCUCGCAAGCUGCGAGCGUGACGGGCAUUGCACCCUCCCGGGACAGCAGCAUGCCCUCGCGGUCAACCGACCACUCUCAUUCUCGCACGGCCCGAAGUCGCGAGCCAUCCCUCACCUCGCGACGCCCAUCCGUCGGGUCGAUCCCCUCCCAUUCGCAAUAUUCCCACGGCGACCAGUUCACACAUUAUGGCAGCCCGUCCAUCUACCCCCAUCGCAAUUCCGUCUCGCAGACUCAUCUUGGAGCGUCGGUCAAUCCUAUGUCGCGGUACGAGGAGGCCACGCUGCACAAGUUGGAGCUAGAAUCCAUGAAGCGGGAGAAUGAGCAACUGCGAAAGCGGGUUCGGGAGCUGGAAGGUGUGUUGAAGCAGCAGAAGGAGGCGGAGCCGGCGUCAACAGACACUUCACCGUCUUUGGGGGAUUCCUAA